AUGGAGCUGUUCAACUCUGGUGCUUCCAGGCACAUGUCCUCCUAUCAAGAUCUGUUCAAAUGUUUUGUUAGUAUAACACCAAAGCCCAUUACCAGAGCAGACAGAUACACCUUUGAGGCCAUAGGAAAGCAAAACAUUCAAAUCACUCUACCAAAUAGUCAGUCUCAACCUAGGAUACUGCUAAAAGACGUGCUGUAUGCACUGAAGUGA